AUGUUGAAUGGGGCCUUCACAGAGCCUCAGCACUGGUCACUCCGCGGCACGACCACCCAGACUCCCCCACCCCACUCCCCAGCUGGUGUGGCUCAGUGCCAGGACAGCGCUACUAACCGACACCCAGAUGUUCCUACUUCCUGUGAGCUUUUUGGGAAGAAGUUCAGGGAGCAUCCUGUGGUCAUUCUGCUGGAAGUAAUCUCUAGGCUGACGUGGGGCGAGGCGGGGGCGGAGCAGAGGGAAAUCGGACAGUUUUUUCGAAUUCAGCCCACGUGGGUUCAGCUGCAUCCAGCCCCGGAGGUGGAUCGUGCCCUGGGAAAUAUAGUGCUCGGGCUGCCGGUCCAGCCCGCCUCCGGAGGGGCCCGAGAAAGAAGGCCUCGGAUCUGCUCCCCGCCCAGGCCCACCUCCCCGCCUCCUCCUCCCAUGUUUGCUCUAGGCUCUGGCACCUGCUCCGCAGCUGCAGGCUUCCCACGCUGGCUGCUAGAAGUUGGCUGUGGCAGCCGCUGUUUAACCCGAGUGGAGUCCCUUGGACAGCGCCGGAGGUUGGGUGAGGAGGAGGGAAUACCCGCGAAGAAGCACGGCAGGUUGUCUGCAAUCCAACUCUGCCUGGAGUUUCCCCAGCUCUCUAGGAGCGAGACCUCUCGCAACACCUCUUUGGCCAAAGUUUGUCUUGGCUGCCCCAUCCCCCCAUCUCCACCCUUCCAAGGGCGCGGUCCUGCCUUGUGGCAAGAGGUUCUCGUCCCGGGCUGGGGCUGGGGUGGGAGCGGGGAUUGGCAACAGGAGGGAAGCCGUACAAAGAAGUGCCUUUUCAGCCUCAGACUCAGUGGGAACGAAGUGGAGCGGGGGUGGAGAAAGGGAGGCCACCGAGGCAGCUGCAGACUGUGGAGCUCGCAGCGAGCUCUGGAGUCUUCUCUGAGAAAGCCUCCCUUCUUCCUUACCAUUCUUCCUUACGUUUACGCUACAGCAGACCCCAAGUGUAGGACAGAGGCCUUGGACUUGGUGUUCCUGAUCCACGGCUCCCGUAGUGUGCACCCCUUUGAGACAAUGAGUUGUUUCUUGGUGAACAUUAUUCGGGGUCUAGAUGUUGGACCCAUGCCACCCGUGUUGGCUUGAUCCAGUCAGUCCUCGAGCCAGGGGGCAGAGCGUUUUCUCUCCUGGGAGCCUUCUUCCGGAGAAGACACGGAGCAUGCCAUCCAUGCCGUCGUAAUCGUCCCCCUGGCACAGGGCACCAACGGUCUGGCCAUCCAGUAUACCAUGAAUGUAGCCAUCAGCGUGGCCGAGAGCGCUCAACCCUUGGAAGCCCAGGUGUCUUGUGUCGCCGUUAUAGCGAGUGAUGGGCGGCCACUGAUGAUGAGUGGUCGAAGGGGUAUCGAGAUCUACUCAGUGGGAGCACAGCGCGCUGAUGUGGGCUCCCUGCCUGUUAUGGUAUCGCCUCUGGUGGACGAACGUUAGUCCUUGGACCUUAUACAACAGUUUGGCUUUCUUUUCAGAGCCUAUUGGGCCGUCUGCAUUUGCCCCGAGGGCUGCCGGCUCCAGGCUGAUGGGAAGAGCUGUGGCAGGUGCCAGGCGGGCCACGUCGAUCUGGUUCUGGUGAUAGACGGCUCCAAGAGCGUCCGACCGCAGAACUUCGAGCUGGUGAAGCGUUUCGUGAAUCAGAUCGUGGACAUCCUGGACGUGUCCCCCGAGGGGACACGCGUGGGGCUGGUGCAAUGCUCAAGCCGCGUGCGCACCGAGUUUCCUCUGGGCCGCUACAGGACAGCGAACGAAGUGAAGCAGGCGGUCCUGGCCGUCGAAUAUAUGGAGAAAGGCACCAUGACCGGGCUGGCGCUGCGCCACCUGGUGGAGCACAGCUUCUCCGAGGCGCAGGGAGCUCGGUCCAGAGCCCAGAAUGUGCCCCGCGUCGGCCUCGUCUUUACCGAUGGCCGCUCCCAGGAUGACAUCUCAGUGUGGGCCGCGCGGGCCAAGAAGGAGGGCAUCAUCAUGUACGCGGUGGGGGUAGGCAAGGCUGUGGAAGAGGAGCUGAGGGAGAUCGCCUCGGACCCCCCAGAGCAACACGUCUCCUAUUCGCCUGACUUCAGCACUAUGACGCACAUGCUGGAGAACCUAAAAGUCAACAUUUGUCCUGACCUGGAGAAUCAGCUGACCAACCAGAAGUGGGGGUCGGCAGCAGUUCGGACCCGACCGGAUUGUAGCAUCCUCAUUCCUUUCCCGCCCAUCCUGGGUUCUGGCCCACUUGUGCGGGCGGCCGCCACAAAUAGGCGACCAUGCCAGUGA